CUGCCGCUCAGUUUGCUUCGAGCGCUGGAACGUGAAAGUCGACGGAGGGUCAACGCUGCGGAUGAAAACCUCGAUGCGAUCUAGAAACUUUUGAAAAGCGCAGGCGUGCAACGGUUUUUUCGUGGCAUUUUUUUCGAGUGUGGUGGCUGAGUGAAAAUCAAACGCAUUUCGUGCAUAAUUUGUGGAAUUUUACACGUUGUAAAAUCAAUUUUAUUGUGCAAACUAAUUUUUGCAAUUUUGUUUGCCUUCCGUUGCUGUGCGGCAACAGAUGAAAAUAAUGCAGCCACAUUAAGCGGGCAAACAAUAACCAAAACAACAUCUAAAGAGUCAGCAGCAUUACAGGGCACUAAAACCGGAGGAAGAGUGAUCUCUUCGGGAUCAGGAUGUCGGCUGCCACGCACAUGGCGAUGCCGGCCCAUGCCGUCGUCCCGCCGCCCGGAACUCCGCCGGUUUUGGGGGGCAGCGGGUGCUCCAAUCUCAGCCUGCCGGCGGGAAAGCGCGGCCACAAGCGUAGCGUUUCGCUGGAGAACAACGCUCCGCUAACGCUGCGGAGCACUCCUAGCUUGGGUCAGUCAUCCUUGGGAUCGCCCCUGCUGCCGUUUGGCCAGGGUCAAGGUCAGGGUCAAGGACACGGGCAGUCCUUCCACACGGGCACGUUGAAGUCGCGACAGGAGCAGCGCCGGCUGAGCCAGAAAUUUGGGAGCCACAGCAAUCUGGACGACGAGGGCGUGGGUCUGGGAGUGGGCGUGGGCAUGGGCAUGGGCAUGGGUCUUCAGAUGCGCAGCAAGUUUCAGAACAUACGUCAGAUGUUCGAGCUGAGUCGCAGCUGCGUGGGCGGCGGGGGCGGCGAUGGCCGAGGGGGCGGGGCUGAGGAGGAGGCCAUGCAAUCUCUGCCAGCAACAUUGCCGCAACCGCAGCAUCAUCAGCAGCAACAGCAGAGGCGGACCACGCCCAUUGCCGGCGGAAGUCGCCAGCAGCAGCAACAACAAUUGGGCGAGCCGGAACAGACCAGCGGCAACUUUCUGCGACCGAUCGCCUUCAAGCCCAUUCCGUUUGAGCCGGACUAUCGCAUUGCCUGCCAACAGCAGCAGCAGCACCAGCAGCAAUUGCAGUUGCAGCAACAGCAGCAGCAACAGCUGCAGCUGCAACACCAACAGCAGCAACAACAGCAACAGCAGCAACAGCAGCAACAGCAGCAGCAGCAACAUCAGCAACAUCAGGCGCUGCAGUUGUCGGCGGAGGGCGGACAGGCGGGGGGCGGGGCCGAGCGGUAUGGCUACGGAUCGACGCCUUCACUUGCCCCACUAGCCACCGCAGUCGCCCAGAAAUUUGGCAGUACCACUGAUUUGCGACACCUGGCCGCCCGGCGUCGCAAUCAUCGUCUACUGCAGCGCUCCAGCAAUGAGGAUGCCCUGACCCUUGACCUCUUGAGUACUGGGAGCCACGACAGACCCGAUGGGGCCAGCAGCAAGAGCAGCGGCACAGUGGUGGGCAGCAGCGACCUGACGCCCUCGCCCUCGGACUCCGGGAUCUCGGAACUGGAGGCGGCGCUGAAGGAUCGCGACUCGGAGCUCUCGUACCUGCGACAGGCCAUGGAGCACAAUGAGAAAGUAAUUUUCCAAAUACAAAAGGACAAGGAGGUGUACUGGGAGCACGAGACGCAGCGGCUGAGGCUCUUCUACGAGGGCCAGCAGCGGGAGUGCCAGCUGAAGCUGCGCAAGAUGGAGCAGCUCCUCGGACUGCAGCAGUUCCAGCUGAAGCAGCACAAGCUGCGCCAAUCGGAGCAGGUCAACCGGCUGCAGCAGCAACUGGAUCUGGCCAGGGACGCCGGCCAGGGGCUCCAGCAGCAGGUGGACGCACUGCGUCACCAACUGGAGGACAGCGAGUGGCGCGUCUGCGAGCGCAACGGGGAGAUAGCUUUACUCAAGACGCAGCUCAAGGAGGCGCAUCUGGAAAUCAAUAUGAAAGAUCAUGCGAUUGUCAGCCUAAAGCACAGCAGCAACACCAACAGGAGCAGCAGCAGCAGCAACAACAGCAACAGCAGCAAUACCUGUGACACAACCACAAGCCAAAGUCAACCAAAGCAGCAGGCGAAGGAGGAACAGCAGCAACCGCAGCAACAGCAACAGCAUCAGCCGGAAUUGCAACAGCAACAUCAGCAAUAUCAACAGCAGCAGCAGCAACAGCAACAGAAGCAGCAAACACAAAAUGAACUGAAGCAGCAACAGCAGCAACAGCAGCAACUUAAUCAUCAACAGCAACACCAUAACAAUCAGCAACAGCAGCAACAGAAGCAGCAACAGCAACAGAUGCAACAACAUCAGCAACAACAACAGAUGCAACAAAAUCAGCAACAGCAACAGCAGCAGCACAACCAUCAACAACAGCAACAUCAGCAACAGCAGCAACAGAAUCAACAUAAUCAGCCUGACCAGCUGCAAUUGCACAAAAUCAUUUCGCUGAAAGAUCAGGUGAUUGGAGCCCUGACCAGCGAGUUGGCCAAGCUGCGCAAGGAGCUCUCCGAUCUGGCCAUUGCCCAUGAGUACGGCGAGGAGCCGUGCGGCCGGUACACUCGACUUAAGCAGCAGUUGGACAACCUGAACGAGAUCUGCCAGAAGACAAGAAAGUACACAACAGCAACAGCAUCGCCGGCAGCAGCAACAUGUCCCCAGGAGCUGCCCAAGUUGGAUGUCCUGGUGCAGCGAUUGCAACUGGAUCAGGGACAGGCGCCGCAGCAAACGCUGGACACCCUCAUCGAGGAGUCCACCACAUAUGCGGAGGAUAUAGCCAAGCUGCGCCAGAAACUGGACGAUUUCCGCUUGAAUCUUGAGCUGGAGAAGCGCCAGUGGUGCGCGGAGAAGGACAAGGUCCUGGGCUACCAGAAGCAGCUGCAGGCCCACUAUAUCCACAUGUACCAGAAGCUGCGCUGCCUGGACAGCGGGGGAGCAGCAUCUGGUCCACUGGAGGCCACCAAUGGCAACUGAAGGGGCUUGGGGGAUUGCAAUGGUGCUAUCGUCGCUGAAACGUCGCAUGGGGAAACUGCCCCUAACGUAUAUAUUUAUUUUCCACAACAGAUGAUUUUAAAAUAAUAGUAGUAUUUGCUUGUUUCAUUAAUGCUAAAUUAGUUCAAAACUAAAUUUAAAUUCUUGCAAAUGUAAAAAUGGGCAAAACUUUUAAGGAACUUACAAAUUUUCCAGUUCUGAAAUUAAAAACAGAUGUUCAAAAGCUUAUAGUUUCUAAAUUCUAACCUUAAACAUAUUUUGUUACCCCAUAGCCAUACUACUAUUAUUUUUAACAGCUGUUAGCAAAUGAACUCUCUUAUAACUUACCAAAACGAUUGGUUAAAACAUUUUCAUAGGCAAAUGUUUUUAAAUUAUAAAUUUUUCUGAUUUUAAAUCAGUAAAGAAGUACCGAAAGCUAAACCUUUUAUAAAUUAAUACUUCUUUGUUUGGUAUCCAUGUUUUUGCUGGUAUAAAGUGUACAUUUUUAUACAGUCAAAAUAACCGUGUUUUGGAUACUGUUGCGCUAUAUAUAAUCUAUAUAAAAUGAUUAGGGUUAGUGGAUAAACCAUUAACUGGUCAAAAGCACCUCUACUCUUACCUUUACUAGUACCAUGGGGGCUUGAAGUUGUGGUACCACAAACAUUUCUCCUACUUGACCAGUGAGUUAGGACUUUUUCCUCCCUUCGGUGGUCAAUAAUACACGAUUUUCGAUAUUACUAGAGUUGAUAUACGCAAAACUCUUUUUUUUUUGUUUUUAAUAUUUUACAAAUAUAUAUAUAUGUAUACUUUUAAUUUAUUAAAUGUAAUUACAAAACGAGAAAAAAAAAUAUUUGUGAUUUCGCAUGUUGAAUAUAAUAAUAUAUACUGAUAUAUGCAUGUCGUUCCAUUAUGUAUAUGCAAUAAAAAAUAAUAAUAAUAUAAUAACAA